AGUUCACCGCGCUAUUGGAAUAUUGUGAGCUACACUGCGGAUGUCGACCAGACAUGAAAAAGAUAGAAAAAUCACUGUAGAUGAUGAGGGUAUUCCUAAUUGUGUGACAGAAUAUGCAAACGUUAACAGUAAAUCUCUGCAUUUCGUUCGGCCCCAAGUUAUACCGGAUGAUCAGUCACAAUUGUGUACUCAAUAUCCGUUGUGUCUACAAAAUUCCCGCGUUCUGAAUAACGAUUGCAGUGAUACGUGUAUGACUAGGAAUACUGACUCUAAAAGGCAUGGAGAGUCUGUAAGCGAAGAUCCAUUGAAGUCUUUUGUCUUUUCAAACAUGUCACAAUUUGGAAAUAAACAAAUACUUGGAGAUGAUUUUCGGACUUCACAUUCCGUUAAACGUCCUUAUGAAUCAUUCUGUUUAGUUUCAAACUCUUCUGCAAAGCGAAAUUGCUGUACUGUUGGGCAAGAUGAAUGUGAAGAACAGUCUACUGAACCAUCGACAUCAAAUAAUCAAUUUGACAGCCUAGGUUCUCGUGGUUUCGAUUUAUCUUCGGAAAUCAGAACUACAGCUCGAAGAUCAGAAAAUCAUUCUUUACCUUUGGCUCACAAUUUAACCUAUGAAAUCGGAGUAAUAAAUGAAGUCCCGGAUGUUGCGCUAAAAAUAACAGAGAAUAAAUACCGGUCUGAGCGUAAAUCGCCUCCUUAUUGUGUAGCUCAUUCAUUCACGAUGGCUGAAAUGGAACAAGCUAAAAAGUUAGAAAAGGACGAAAAUCUUAUUCCGUUUUUUUCCCCCCUCAGUAAAUCUCGGGCUCCUUCUUCGGCAGUUUCACCAGAAUCUUCAUAUGGCAACUCUGUAGUUUCAAUUUCAAAACGGAAUAACAUUUUUAUUGGUUCCGCUGCACAACGUUCCCGUGAUGUUAACAGGGACAGUUGUUUUAUUCAAGAAGCUGUUGAUAGCUCUGGUAUUUAUAUACCCGGAGUAGAUCUACUCAUAGACGACUCUGAAUGUGAGCCCAUCGAUCUUAUAUCUAGGUUCAGCAGAACUCCAAUUUCUUCACCCAAAAUAGUUGACCCCGGUAGCACGAUAUCAUGUGCUCUUGCUGGACCUCUCUCUUCGUCUCAUAUCUUCAACCAGCUAGAUUCAAAUGUCGCACAAAGACGUACAUCUUCGGCUGCUACAUCAUCGCUGAGUGCUGUUUCUGCCGGAAUGGAAUUGAGUAAGGCUACGAAGGAACGUUGCGCACAGCUAAGGCAACGUCGGCGAGCACAACCAACUGAAAGACAACCAUUACCUGCUUUGCAUCUGCACCUAUCAAAAGAUGGUACAAGUCCCCUGCCUCCAGGGUGGCAAAGAGCACCAAAUACUAGGCGUUCGACAGAAGGGCAAGAUCUAGGGGAUAGUUCUGGCACAUAUGCUUAUUAUUAUUACCAUGUCCGGACUCGUCAAACUAGGUGGGAUCCACCUGUAUAUCCAUGGGACGCCGAUCCUACGGAUACCCUUCUUGGUGAAACCGGAGAGGAUGACCCGGAAGCUCCUUACAAUUGGGGAUGUGCGUCGCGAUUCGCUGUCACACACGAAGAAAUUGAAGCUGUAAGCCAUGCUAUUAUAUUCUUGUGAUUAUGUUACUGUGUAUAGUUUUAUUCAUUCUACAAUUACUAUUCAAUGGAGUUCGUAGUACUGAAUUAAGUCUGUUCUACUUCAUCCAUCAUUCUUCAAGUACAACUUGGUAAACAAGUUUAUUUUCUCGCCUUGGAGCAUCUCCAAGACCAUACGACUUCGAAUGUUGCUUCUGAUGUCUCAUGACCUCAACUUGAAUUGUUCUUAAUUUACAUCCAAGUUCUUUUUCCUCUUGCCCUUAUUUAAACGGUGUUGAAAAGUCAAACGAUAAACUGAAGCUUGUUCUGUGUUAAAAUUUUUGUCUAUAGUUCCAAAACUCACUCUUAUGCACAAGAGGAAUUCUUUAGAACCGUUUGUUCUGCUGUACAAAAGCCAAUAAUUUCCAAACCGAACUUAUGUUACAGAUGUAUAAUCGCGUGCGUCAACGAAUAUUGGAACGUCAGUGCAUUGAUCUUCUGCAUGAAUUGGCAGGCAGACCAGAUGCUCCUCAGGAUGUAACUGAACAAGGCUUUGCCAUGGAAGUUAGUCCUUUUAUUUUUCUCAUGUGUUACUUUUUUGUAAAUUAAACACUCCUACUGUUAAAUCAGAGACGUACGAGUAAUUAGAAUAAGGUGUUUUAUCCACUUGGAGUAACAUUUUAAGGAAGGCCAGGCUAUGAAGACCGUAUUGCACGUAUGAAAAUAAUUCACUGAUAUAGCGUGUGUAAGAUAGUCUCAUCAUUACAAGCUAGAUUCAAGAACUGUUGAAUAUGUAUGAUAAUUUUAUCCAAACACCUAGAUUACUAUGGACCACAGCUUGUCAUGCAACUUGGACGUAAACUACACUUACGUCUUAUAAAAUUCAUGAGGAUUCUUGGAAUUAUCGGCUAAAUAAUCUGUUGUUUACCACCUACAUAUAGAAUCGGGCGACUUAUUUUGAUAAAUAGCAUAAUCGGUUUUUAAAAAUACAUUAAAAAUAUUGCGACUGGCUAGAUGAACAAAAUACAAUAUUUUUAUUUCAGUUAUUCACUUUGGUCCACAAUACGUUACGUGGCUUUCGUGAUGCUCGAUGUAAACUUGGUCGUAUUGUUAACGAUGAAGAUUUAUACUACUUAACAAAAAAGCUUGCUCAGGCCGUAAUCCUAAAAGAAAUACAGAAGUUUCAUCAAGCCCAGGCAGCGAACACUUCUUUAUUUUCAACUGUUCUUACUCCUGAACUUCCUUCGACAGUGCGAUCAAGAGUUACCACUUAUGUUAGGCGAUACAUGGAGUCUAAGGGAGCAUUCUAUCGUCGCCGAGUUCAGCUGAUACCUGCAACGGGUAUUUCUCGUCCGGAACAGGCAACUCAUCUAAAACCAGACCCUGCUAUUUUUAAGCCAUCUGUCAACAGUAGCAUGCGCUCUCGACCUGUAACGCAUCCUCAGAAUUUCAGCAAUGUAUCUCACCAUACAAAUUAUGUGGACAAUGCUUUUUCGCAAUCUGCUCCUCCCAUUAAUACUACUACAAUUAUUCCAGCGCGCCGCUAACAACUCAAAAGUAUUGCUUCCGUCAAUAAUAUCUGUAAUUGUAUAUUUUUAGAGGGUUCCUUUAUUCAAGUUGCUAUUUUGGAUUUUUAUCCACUUGUUGCUUUAUAGUUAAUUUCCCUAUCAUAGUGGUCAAGUCUAAGACAGGUGUUAGCACCGCAUAUUUUAUCGUCCUGCCCUACAUGAAAGUGGUUAUGUCGGAUACUCGACAACUAGCUUGCGGUUUAAAUAUGGAAAUUAUUAAUUUUAUUUAAGUCUUUUGUAAAUAAACUUACAAACUGAUUCCUUUGAAAGCUAUUUAAUGUUAUUUUUUCCCAAGUCUAUGUCCGUAUGUUGUUAUUGCCCAGUAAUCUCAUCAAGUAUGCAAUUUUCCUGUUUUUUAACUUUUGCAUGUAUUGAAAAAAUGCAACGGCAGGUGUGAUACAGGUGUUAAUAUGAGAUUUGUACUAUUGAUUUGUAAUAAAAUUGUAAUGAGAAUCUAUAUUUUGUAAAAAAAAUUUUUACGUUUCCGAUGUAAUAAUACAAUUUUGGUUACGC